ACCCACUGCCAGUGUAAUCUCUGCGAUAUGUCACAUCUACGUACCAUAAAAUUACCGUUCUGGAAACGCUUUCGCAAACAUGGCUCAUCUGGUUUCUAAAGAAGAGUUGUUUGAAAAGUUAUCACAUUUGAUUCAGCCUCAGUUUGUGGACCGGCUGAAAACGUAUCUGCUGGAAGAAACCGAUGAUGCGUCGCGCGAUCAGAAUGCCAAAAACUGGUUAUCUUGGACUGCGAAUCAAAAGAAUUUGAAAAGCGUUUCCGGAGCCAUUCCUACUGGCAUCCUUCCUCAACAUCUACAAGGCGAACUGGUGGACGCGAGGGUGUUUUCUCGCGGUCCCGAUGAUAAAGUGUACGAUCAGAAUGCGGCCUUUCGACAGCGCGUGGCGCGCGGCAACUGUGUGCUGGAGCUGCACAACACAGAAACAUCCGAGCGAACUAGCGAUUGCGUCAUCUUCGCACUGAAGAAAUUCACGGGGGGACUGGGCGAUGAUGACGAUCGGGAUAUCGGAGAUGGGUUUAAAUUCCAAAAGUAUUUUGUCCGACCGAUCUCCGAGGCGGAACGCGUGAUCUGUACGAAGAAGAUGAACGGUGAAGCGGCGCAUUUUACUGUGCGGUGGAUUGACGGUGAUUUCUAUGUGAUCGCCGGGUCGAAAAAUGUGCAUUUGUUGUUUAAAAAGGAUAUUGAAAAGUACUCGGAGUCGCGGUACCUUGUUGCGCGGGAUGUGGCGUCGUCGUGUUUCUCCUUCUUCCAGGCCAUGGACGUGGCCGACCGCAAUGCCUUGUUCAGUUUCUUCCACCACACGAAAUUAACGGCGGUGUUGGAAAUCCUGCUGCCGCAUUAUCAGCACAUUGAAGAUUUAUCGUAUCUCACUGCGCCCAAACUGUUCCUCAUCAGCUGGUCGAAGACCGAUCUGGAAGCGACGGUGUACGAAGAUGAACUGUGCGUUCCGCCCGAUUUCUGCCAGGAAGUCGGUCGCGCUUUCCACCUGCAUGUCACAGGUUACGAAGUGGUGAAGCAUCGGGAUUUGGGAGAUAAAUUACUGGCUAUCCGUCGAGGACAUGGCUACGAAGGGGAGGUAUUGUAUUUUGUGAAUAAAAACGAUGAGGUAAUCGGAUUGCUGAAGAAGAAAACCAUUUGGUACAUUAUUGUGCGAGCCGUGCGCGAGAAAGCCAAAAACGCCGCAUCCAAAAUGCGACGCGAUCCAGGACAAAAGUUUCAAUUGAGUGACGCCAGGGAGCGCAUGCAGAAGCGGGUUAAGGAGAUUCGCCGCUGGCUGGGCAUGGAUGAUAAAUCGGCGAAAGCGUGGGAAUCUUUGACGGUGGGAUUCUUGGAAUGGUUAGGCGAACAGCUGAACAGCGGGAAGAUCGAGAGUAAGGAAUUAUUUGGACAGUAUCCAGUCAUUUGGAAUCGCUACCUGAAAGAGACUGGACGAACGGAUGACAUUGGAAUUCGCGACAUUACAAAGGCCGACGAUCCCGAUAAUCCCGAACCCGGUGAACUGGAUCAGCGAACAUUUCUUGAUACAUUCGCUCCGAAGCACGACGAUGACGCUUCCGAAUGACUUCUCGGGCUUGUUUGAUAUUUGUUUCUGUAUUUUUUUGGAACGGACCAGUUAGGGUUUAUUUCGUCGUUCCGUUCGUACCGCAGUGUUUAUUGUUUUUUCAGUUCGAUUUGAUUAGUUUCGUUUGUUUUUCGUUGGUAGAUUUUGCAUGCACCGAUUGCACUGUUACAGCCUUAAAUUUUUAGAACACUUUUAUUACUUACUGUGUACAAAGUACUACUUUUUGUGCUUUUGCAUUCCUUCGUAUUUUCCUUUUUUAUACUGGGCAGCUUAUUAUUCCACUUCAAAUGUUGAAGGUGGUUUUGCUGCAGAGCAAUUUUUCCUGCCAGUUUAAUAUUAUGGCGCAAUAAAAAAGUGAUUCAUUCA